AUGUCACAAGCUGUUGGAAAUACUGCUCUUGCAUAUGCCCGUGUGUGGCAUGUUGUUGAUGCUAAGCAAAGAGUUUUAGGCCGUUUGGCUACAAAUAUUGCAACCACCUUGAUGGGAAAGCAUAAACCUAUUUACGAUCCAGCAUCUGAUUGUGGUGAUUAUGUUGUUGUUAUUAAUGCCAAAGAUGUCCUGGUUUCUGGAAAGAAAGCUGAACAAAAGUUAUAUCGUCACCAUACCAUGUACCCUGGUGGAUUAAAAGAAAUCAACUUUAAAAACCUUCAAGCCAAUGACCCAACAGAGCCUAUUCGUAAGGCUGUUUCAGGCAUGUUACCAAAGAAUAGACUUCGACAAGUUCGAUUGGACCGUUUGAAGAUCUUUGAGGGAAGCGAACAUCCAUAUGCAGCCAAUAUUAUCAAGCAGCAUGGUGUUGACCAGAAGUAA